AUGCGUAAAAGUGCUAACGAGGCAGAAGAUGUUCAGUUUGAGAGAAAUAUAAUAGUAAGUGAAAAAGAUUUACUCUUAGAAAAGAAAUUAAACUCUCAACAAAGAAGAGCAUAUAAUAUUAUUCUGGAUAGAGUAUAUUCUCAUAAACCAGGAGCGUUUUUCAUUGAUGGUCUUGGAGGAACAGGAAAAACAUUCUUGUAUCGAGCUUUGUUAGCUAAUAUAAGAUCAAAAGGUUUUAUAGCUUUAGCAACUGCAAGUUCUGAUGUUGCAGUUUCAAUUCUACCUGGAGGACGAACUGCUCAUUCGCGCUUCAAAAUUUCUAUCAUUGAUGAGAAUUUUACAUGUAAUAUUAGUAAACAAAUUGCAUUAGCAACUCUAAUUCAAGAUUCAAAGUUAAUUGUCUGGGAUGAAGCUUCAAUGGCAAAAAAGAAAAUGAUUGAAGCUUUCGAUACUCUUUUAAAAGAUCUCAUGAAUACGAAUAUACUCUUUGGUGUAAAGUUGUAG